CCUUUCCAUACUUUCAUUGAUCGGCGAGGUUAUUGUGAUUAAAGAUUUUGUUUAAUUAGUACUAUUUAGAUUAAAAAAUCUUAAUCAUUGCUAUCCAGAAUAUCGGGUACAAUCGGUGUGAUAUUUGUCCGACAGAAGUUAAAUCCAACAACAGGACUUGGAAUCUUUUGAGAUUAUACAAGUGCGGAAUCAUCUACAACAACAUCCAGAAUUCCUCUCCUUUCGCAUCGAUACGUAAAUCUUUCUUUCUUUCUUUCGGAAUUCACGAAGAGAAUUAAACAUGUCCGGGUCCCGCUUAAGCAAACAUCUUGUCGCGAUUUUCAUUCUCGCAUUUACACUACUCAUCAUCUCAAUCUUUGCCAUCGUUUUCAUUUCUAUGGACAUCAUUCAUAUUCCAUACAUUUCCCGCGGCUUAGCUUCAUUCUUCUCAUGGAUAAAUGUUAUUCUUGCACCAAUAUACCCGUUCUGGGCUCCUCUAACCCUUGCUUUCUCCAUCAAACUAUGUCGACACGAGACAUUUCCCAAACAAGGACAAUGGAUCACUUCAUCCAUUCUGAUGUUUUCACAGCAUCUUGCACAAGUAUUUGUGAAUACUAUGAAGGUUUUUGGAUUUUUCGAUGGCGUUUGCAAUUUUAGGAAUUGCUGGCAUGAAUAUAUUCAGACUGGGUCGGUUGCUGUUGUGAUUAUUGGUGAGGUUUUGGGACUUUCUUGGGAUGCAAAUAUUCUUCAGAAUUGGGUUGAGAAGUUGGUAUUAGUCUGUGAGAAGGAGGAAGAAAAAGAGGCGGCUAAAAAUACUGAGGAUGGGAUGGAAAAGGGUGUUGUUGAUCAUUCUACAAAUGAGAUUGAAUAUUUGGAAGAUAUCAAGUCAGGUUUAGAUGAGGAACAGGUGGUCAUUGAGGCAGUUGAUAUUGACGAGAGCAAGCCCGUGAAAGUGUCGGAGGGCGAGACGGUCAAGCAGGGGGAUCAAUAGUUCAGACCGAAUUUUAUUUCUCGAAUCUUCGAUGUUGGGAAAUAUUCGAAUGUUUGAAUGUUUGAAAACGGUCCAAUCAUCGGUGGAUACAUUGUUCCUCUGGAUUUUAAUAUCCAGAUCGCUUCGGCAUACGAAAAAGCUUUCUGUAUCAAACAUCCAUCACUCUUGGCUUACAAUCCGAGCUAUCAGAAGUGGCUGAAGUGGAUGGUGACCGAUAGAAAUUUUCAUAUAACGAUAGCUCAAGGAGAAAACACUUACACUGGAGUCUCUCCUUAGUUUGUUUUUACUUGCGAAAUGUAACAUCUGAUAUGGGCGCAAUUCAAUA